UCGUCGAAAGUCGUCGGAUCGCACGACAAUAUCGUUAAUCGUUUUAACGUUUUCCACCGUCUCGUCACGUUCGCGUCGCGCGUUAUUUAUUUAUUUUUUUUGUCGUUUUAUCCUGCGACCUCCGUUCGCGCGUGUCAAUUCCCGGUCAUUCCGAUUGUCGUUUUUUACGUCCCGCGUUCGCCACGUUUUUCCGAAAUUUAAAACAAUCGCUGCGAUUACAUUUCACAUUUUUCCGACGGACUCGUAAAGGAAAACCACGAUGGCGGAUGCGACGAACAAGACAUUAUCUGAUGGAAUUGAACGCUGGAAAACCAUAAAUUUUUAUUUGAGUAUGGUAAAGUACAUUAUUUGUAAUGUACUAAGAAUUUUAUUGUAUAUUGCGGCAUACAUGAUGCGCAAAUGUAGUUCAUUGUUUGAAAGUUUAUCUGAUGAUCUUAAAACAAUUGAUAAAACAGAAGAUUCAGCCGAGAAAACUAUUAAAAAUAGGUGUGAUGCUUAUUGUUUUUCUAACCACAUCAAUAAAAAUGAAGAACUAAACGAAGAAAAAAAAAUUAUUACCGAUACUGUUAAUGAAUUAAUAGAUAAAGAGUCCAAUUCUCAUGCCAACCACAUCGAUAAAACUGAAGAACGAAAAGAAGCAACUAAUAUAAUUGGUGACAUUGUGAAUGAAUUAAUAGACAAUGUGAUUAUUGAGAAUGAUGGCCAAUCUAUUUUUGAGCAUUAUAUGGUUACAGAACAAAAAUUAACAAAUGGAGUUAUGGCUAAUAUUGUAAAUAGUAAUAGUACAUUAAACGAAGAGCCUGAAUCUCAAAUUCUUGAAGAAUCUGUGAAAGAACAUUCUAAUUCAGAAGACAGAGAAGAGAAAGUUGAUGAAAAAAUUAAUUCUGGUGAUGAGAUUGAAUCUCCAAGAGUUAGAAAAAGAUUUGGUAUUAAAAAUACUGCAAUACUUCUAAUUAAUAAAACUGUUAAGGAAAACAAAUUAAAGGACCAACAAUUUAAGAUCGAACUGAACAGAAACAAAAUGUUAAAUAAUGGAAAUCUUCAUCGGGACAAAGAUGAAAUCUUUACAAACAAAUCCAAUAGUUUUAAAAAAGAAAAAGAAUUCUCAUUGAAAAAUGAACCUGAGAAAACUGAUUGUUCCGAAGAAGCUAACAAUAGCUAUAGUAAAGACACAGCUAUUGGUAGUACACCGAAGUACAUAAGUGAUAUCGAAAACCUUGAUAUCCACAAAAAUAAAGAAUCAUUAGAAAAUCAAUGUGAAAUCAAUAAAAAUAAAAAAUGGAUCAUGAAAAAUAAUGUUGACCAAUUGGUAAAUAAUGAUGGUAAUGAAAGCCUAAAACCGACUGCAAAGACAGAAGAUAUGAUCACAAAAAAUAAUGAUGUCCACUGGAAAAAUUUUGAUGAUUAUGAUAAUAUACCAAUUACAAUGACUGAAAAUAUAAUUGCGACAAAUAAUGAUGAAUGCUGGGAUAAUUAUAAUGUAUGUGAAAACAAAGAACCAAUAAUAAAGACAGAAAAUAUGAUUACAAAAAGCAAAGAUGAACACCCAAUUAAUAAUGAUGAUUAUGAAAACAGAAAACCAAUAACAAAUACUGAAAAAAAUAUGAUCACUAAAAAUAACAGUGAACUCCAGGAAAAAAACGAUAAUUAUGAAAAUAAAAAAUCUAUUGUGAAGACUGGAAAGAUGUUAAAGACAUUUGAAAUAAAGGAUGAUAUCUUUAGUUUGCCAUCUACAUUUUCUUUAGCACAUUGUGUUACCGAAGAUUUUAAUAAUGCUUUCGGCAUGACAGCUGAUUUUAAAUUCAAAUUUGGUCAUAUUGGUGCAUUGAUGGACCUUAAUUUACGUGUGGGUGAUGUUGGUCAUAUUUUUCAUAAUGAGCAACAUGUAUUUUAUUUAGUCGUGAAAAGAAAAAUGUCACAAAAAUCACUAUUAUGUAGCUUAGAAAUGGCAUUGUGUAAUUUACGUAAUCAAAUGAAUAAUCUUAAAUUAACCAAACUUGCAAUCUCAAAAUAUGGAUUUGAAUCAUACAAUAUGAUGAUGGAUGUGAAGUCAAUGAUUUCAAAAAUAUUUGCGUCAUCUAAUAUUGAACUUACUAUAUGCCUGACAUCAUCAAAAUUAGAAACAGAACAUAUCAAACAACCAAAAGUAAAUUUUACAUAUAAACAUUUGUGGGAAAUGGAAAAACAAACUGAUUUAAUAAUAUUUAUAAAUAUGUGCACUAUGUAUUCAGAGAAUUGGAAUGACAAAGUUGUUGAACGUAUUAAUGCUAAAUAUCCAUUUAAAGAGAGAUUAUUAAAAGAUAUUAACAUUAAACCAAUGGCUCCUGGUGAUAUACUAUCAUACAAAAUUGAUACUGAAGUAAUAUUUUGUAUAUUCAUAAAACCUUUUGAUCAAAAUCCAUCAUACUUUAGAUGUCUUGAAAAAGCUUUUCAAGAGAUGAAAUCACAAAUAACUGGUUAUAGAUAUUUGGGAGUUCAACAAGAUCCAUUAAAUCAUAAGACUAACAUACAUAAUUUAUCACGCAAUUUAAUUAUGCUAAAAUCAGUUUUUAGUAAUCGAAAUGCUGAAAUUUGGGUUUGUGGUGAUACUGAUCAGCAUAAUUCUUUUCAAUAUCAACAAUAUAAAAAAACUGUUACUGACGCCAUUGAUAUAAAUCAUAAACGAAGUCCAAGAACAAGUGCCAAAUCUAGAACUAAAUCAGAUAGAAAGAGACAUAGUACAAACAGUAAUACUAGUAAACAUGAUUCAACAGAAAACUAUUACUGUAAAACCACAACGGAUGUAAACUCUGUUGAACAUUUAAAUCAAGAACAAACAUCUAUUGAUAAUUACAUAACAGAAAAUUGGGACAACUGACUGUUUUACAUAUGUUAUUUUAUAAUCUUCAUUUUAUUAACAAAUAAUAUUUUGUUGUAUUAAUUUAUUUUUACUGAUAUUACUCUUAUGAGUAAUAACAAAAAGUUUGGCUUGUUAUUUCAUAAUAAAUUGGAUAAAUUUAAAAAGAAGAACUUAAAAUAAUUUAACAAUACAUAGUAUUCAGUGAUUCUCCUGAAGUCAAACAUAAAUCAUUAAAUACUUAUACUUUUUUUUUAUUGAGAUUAAAAUUGUUGUUAUUUGUAAGUUAAUUUCUUCAGGUUAGUUGAUUUCUGUUUACGAUUUCUCCAGUUAUUUUUAAAUAUUGUUAAAAUAUUUUUUUUUUCAGUUCAACAUUUUUAACUGUAACCCUUAACUUAUAAUUAAUAUUAGUAGUUUUUAAAAGUAUAAUUUUUUAUCAUGUAAAUGCAUUAAGUCAUAUUAAUAUUUUAAUAAAUGAAUGAAAUCAUUUU